GUCCAAUUCUACCGCAUGUCUCCGCCUGUGUACGCACAGGCAGAUGAUUGGUUUACGUCAAGCUAAAACAUUACGUCAUCUCUGUGCGACCAUUAUUGUCGCAAGUUGGAAAGAUGGCGCCUUCCCCAACAAAGAGGAAGGAGGAUGACAAGAGUAAACAGCGAGGUAAGGAGAAGUCAGGAGCCUCGAAAGAAGGAGCUGACAAAGGCCGGGGCAGAGACAAGAACCGCACGCGACGCAAUGCUUCCAGUGGGAGCAGCAGGUCCAGCUCCAGCUCCAGCAGCAGCUCAGGCUCCAGCUCAGGCUCCUCCAGUGGCUCCAGCUCCUCUGCCUCCAGCCACUCGGGCUCAUCGAGCUCCCGCUCCUCAUCGUCCUCCUCCUCAUCCUCCUCGCCGAGCCCCAGCCGCCAGCGCCACAACAACAGACGACGCUCACGCUCAAAGUCAAAAUCAGCAAAGAAGGAUGACAGGGACAGACGACGUAGGAGCCCCACACCCAAACCCACCAAGGUCUACCUGGGCCGGCUGACUAGAAAUGUCAUCAAGGAACACAUUCAGGAGAUCUUCUCCACCUAUGGUAAGAUCAAGAUGAUUGACAUGCCCAUGAACCGCGUCCACCCUCACCUGUCCAAAGGCUACGCCUACGUGGAGUUUGAGACACCCGAGGAGGCAGAGAAGGCCCUGAAACACAUGGACGGAGGUCAGAUCGACGGUCAGGAGAUCACAGUCACAGCUGUGCUGACUCCCACAGUGCGCCCUCCCCCCCGCAGGCUGUCCCCUCCCCGCAGGAUGCCUCCUCCACCACCAAUGUGGCGACGUACUCCACCUCGAAUGAGGAGAAGGUCUCGGUCUCCACGGCGACGCUCUCCAGUACGUCGCAGGUCUCGAUCGCCCGGCCGCCGCCGUCACCGGUCGCGCUCUAGUUCCAACUCCUCCCGCUAGUGAUGAAGACGCCCCUCCCCCUCCCCAGUGGAUCUGCUCCUCUGCUGUGUCCUUGUGAUCAUCAGUGUGACCAAACAAACGUGAAAGAAAUAUUAACACAGCACUUGAGUGAUGAGAACAUAGACACCAAAAUCUUUACUGUAUCCCUGAGUGAAUUAUUAUGUUUUAUGUUAACAUUAUAGCAUGCACGAUAUUAAACAAGACAAGAGCAUUAUGUUAAAACUGAGGAAAUGAGCUAAAGCAGCUCUAAAGCUAAAUGGUAAGUUCUCCUAAACACUAUGUGACUAUAGCAGUUUUGUGGUGGAAACUGAUUUAAAAUCAUAGCAAAUGACUGUUUGUAACUAGCUAGAACUAUUUUACAUGUUGCCAUAAGAAAGUGAAAGUAAUGGAGACAUUACUGUGUAGUGGAUGAAUAUGAAGUUUCACAACCUUUCCUACUUUACUACACAAUGCAGUUCUGAAACUUCCUACACCCACUUUCAAUGAGGGGUAGAGGUUCUUUGUUGAGAAUAAUUAAGGUUAUGACUUCAGGAAACUGGCAACCGAAAAACUGCUUUGGCACUGCUAUUGGUCCACUCAUGUUUAGGAUGCAUCUGUGUUUCAUGUACACCCAGGCCAUUUGGCUGCAACACUAAUAUGGAGUCGAUAUUUAAUUCUUAAAAAAUGUAUUGCUCCAGAAGCCAUGUAAUAAACCCCAUAGACAGUUGCCAAGUUUCAAUCCUAAUGUAUGUAAACAAAUUCCCAGAUAAUCAGCAAAGAAUGAAUGCACAUAUCCAUCUGCUACUGUUGCGAAUAUCAGGAGUUGGUUCAUCGAGAUAAACAGCUAAUUCUCUAGUCCGGUUCCAUUAAACCAUUGCAGAAGAAGAGGGCGCAACGAGCUGAGGCAAUUAAAAGAGUAGCAGUUAAACGGCAAAUAAACGAAAACACGAUGUAGAAAACAUGAUAGAAAUACAUAUUUAUGUUUGUUUCAUGUUCAUUUGAGGAAGGCUAUAGUCUCCUUAUCGGUCCAGACAGAUCGGAUGUUUUCGUCUGCCACUAUUUUAGUGGAUGUUUAAGUCUCAUUCUUAAUGUACGUCAUGAUUAAGCCACUAAAUCUGUUUCCGUUGGACUUUAUCGCAUUUUGCUUUUAUCAAUACGUCUCAGCCAAACGUAAAAACUUUUUUGCGAUAUUUUGACCUUUUUCAAAAUUUGGGCGUUACAUAUGUUUUCAUAUGCGCAAAUUGAACAUGUGCAUAAAAACAGGUGAAUGGAAAUGCACUUAAAUGUGUUACAGUCACCUGCCAUCAUAUAUUUACGUCACGUUAGCAUAGAUCACAUGAUUGAUUGUAGUGUCUGUGUUCUCAUCACUGAACCAGUAAGUUGCCUAAUGACUUUAAAAUAAUCCUACAGUUCAAUAUGGCAAUCAAUGUUCUCUGAAAUCCAUUUUUAGCGCUGUCCAGUGUAAUCAGUUAUUAUUAAUGAGUUACAGAUUUUAAAUGGUGCUACUGGUCAUAAUUUAGGUUUAAAUCAGUACUGUGUUUUAAAACCAUCUCUUCUGUAACCCUCCUCUUCAUUUGUUACAGUAAAUCAAAUACACAGGCAGCUAUACAAGUGAGUCACAAUAUCUGCAAUACCAGUUAACAGUAUGUGUCUGCUUCAACCGAAGUCUGAAAAUGACAGUCAUUAUUACAUUGUCUGUACAUAGAGGUCAGAGGGUUAUUACGAGAAUUACUGAUGUGUCAGGAAUUUCUGUUCAUCUUUUCCACCUGAUUGUUAUGUGUCACACUGUGAUCAUCUAAUCCAGACAAUUGUGGUUUUAGUUUUGCAAGCGGGAGUCCCCUUGUUCUCCUCAACGGUGGACUGAUGCAACCUGCUCAACUUUGUGUGUGUGUGUUUUUUUGGUUUUUUUUUUGUUUUUUUUUCCACAAAUCUUAUUUUGUAUAGCUGGCUGUGUGUGGUUCAACUUAUGGCUUGACAAUAAAGUUAAUGGUUUGAACUGUAAAA